AUGUCUGAUCGCACUCCAGCAGCGCGUCGCGAGAAUUACAAGGGCAAGGCCCUCAAGCAGGACGAGCUCCGUCGCCGCCGCGAAGAGCAGCAGGUGGAGAUCCGAAGGCAGAAGCGCGAAGAAAACAUUGCGAAAAGGCGUAACUUUGUCGUCGAUGGACCUGACUCUGACGACGAGUCCUCGGCCACCAGCUGGGACACCCCGGAGAUGCUCGCUGCGGUGUUCAGCGAAGACCCGGAACGGCAGCUGGAGGCGACGACCAAGUUCAGGAAGCUGCUGUCGAAAGAGAAAAACCCACCGAUCGAGAAGGUCAUCGAGUGCGGCGUCGUCCCGCGCUUCGUCGAGUUCCUCAAGACAGGCCACUCGAUGCUCCAGUUUGAGGCCGCGUGGGCGUUGACCAACAUCGCGUCGGGUACCGCGGAGCACACCCAGGUCGUCAUCAACGCACAGGCCGUGCCAGAGUUCAUCAACCUUCUCUCUUCGCCCGUGACGGAUGUUCGCGAGCAGGCAGUCUGGGCGCUCGGCAAUAUCGCUGGUGACAGCCCCCAGUGCCGCGAUUACGUCCUCAAGGCUGGCGCGCUUCGCCCUCUCCUUGCCCUCCUCAGCGAGAACCACAAGAUCAGCAUGCUUCGCAACGCAACCUGGACGCUUUCUAACUUCUGCCGUGGCAAGAACCCGCAACCUGACUGGGAACUGAUCGCGCCGGCUUUGAAUGUUCUCACGAAACUCAUUUACUCCGUUGACGACGAGAUCCUGAUCGACGCGUGCUGGGCUAUUUCCUACCUCUCUGAUGGCUCGAACGACAAGAUCCAAGCUGUUAUCGAGUCUGGUGUCUGCCGCCGCCUCGUCGACCUCCUCUUGCAUCCAUCAACUUCUGUCCAGACUCCGGCCCUGCGCUCUGUAGGAAACAUCGUGACGGGUGACGACCUGCAGACCCAGGUGGUCAUUGCGAGCGGCGCUCUCCAGGCCCUUCUUUCGCUCUUGAGCAGCCAGAAGGACGGCAUCCGCAAGGAGGCAUGCUGGACGAUCUCGAACAUCACCGCCGGCUCGCCGCCGCAGAUCCAGGCAGUUAUUGACGCCAACAUCAUCCCGCCGUUGAUCAAUAUCCUCUCGAACGCCGACUUCAAAACGCGCAAGGAGGCAUGCUGGGCCAUCUCGAACGCCACCUCGGGUGGUCUCCAGGAGCCCGCUCAGAUCCGUUACCUCGUCUCGCAGGGCUGCAUCAAGCCUUUGUGCGACUUGUUGCAGAUGAUGGACAACAAGAUCAUCCAGGUUGCGCUCGAUGGCCUCGACAACAUCCUCAAAGUCGGCGAGCAGGACAAGAUCGACGCUGGUCCUGGUGCCGUCAACAAGUACGCGCAGUACGUCGAGGAGGCUGGCGGCAUGAUCACCAUACAUAACCUCCAGCAACACGAUAAUAUUGACAUCUACAAGAAGGCAUUCAAUAUCAUGGACAAGUACUUCCCCGACGAGGAGGAGAUGGAUGCGUCGAUUGCGCCAAAUGUCAACGAGGCUGGCGCCUUCACUUUCAACCCUGCCGAGGGCGCCCCCCCUCCGGGUGGCUUCAGCUUCGGCCAGUAG